GGGGCGGGCGGGGAAGAUGGCGUACCAGAGCCUGAGGCUGGAGUACCUGCAGAUCCCGCCCGUGAGCCGCGCGUACACCACGGCUUGCGUGCUCACCACGGCCGCCGUGCAAUUGGAGCUGAUCACGCCCUUCCAGCUCUACUUCAACCCUGAGCUCAUCUUCCGGCACUUCCAGAUAUGGAGAUUAAUCACCAAUUUCUUGUUCUUUGGACCAGUUGGAUUCAAUUUUUUAUUUAAUAUGAUUUUCUUAUACCGUUACUGCCGAAUGCUCGAAGAAGGCUCUUUCCGAGGCCGGACAGCAGACUUUGUAUUCAUGUUCCUUUUUGGGGGACUCUUAAUGACUCUUUUCGGUCUGUUCGUGAGCUUAGUUUUCUUGGGGCAGGCCUUCACUAUCAUGCUUGUCUACGUGUGGAGCCGAAGGAAUCCGUACGUCCGCAUGAACUUCUUUGGCCUUCUCAACUUCCAGGCCCCCUUUCUGCCCUGGGUCCUCAUGGGCUUUUCCUUGUUACUGGGCAACUCCAUCAUUGUGGACCUCCUGGGAAUUGCAGUUGGACACAUAUAUUUUUUCUUGGAAGAUGUAUUUCCCAAUCAGCCAGGGGGAGCGAGAAUUCUGAAAACACCUACUAUUUUGAAGGCAAUUUUUGAUACGGCAGAUGAUGAUCCCAAUUACAACCCCUUGCCUGAAGAGCGACCAGGAGGCUUCGCGUGGGGCGAAGGCCAGCGCCUCGGAGGCUAGGAGGGCAGUGCCAAGUACGAAAUCCACUGGGAAGGAAGGACUCCAAAGAGAUCUCCUCUGGGACGCUUUUCCUCUUUGUUUCCAAAGCGUGGAGACACUUGCCAGCUUUCCAGUUUUUAAAUCCAGAAGCACUUUAUGCAAUGGUACAUCCAUGGUCAAUCCCGGAGACCUCUCCAGCGGCCUGCCCGUGUUUCUUCACUUGACCAUUACUUACACUGGUACUGAUGGUGUAACCUCCUGGAGCCAGAAACACGGAAGAGACGCUUGCUGCCAGCUCCGUACCAAGGAUAUGCUCACCUGCGAGAGAAAGUGUAAAGCAGAACUCUCUCCCCCUCCCUUCUUUGGUACAUGGACAGCUCAGAGAGGACAAAAUAAAACUCAGUUCAUUCUCUCUCACUGGA